AUGAGUCAAAGUACAUCAAGAAAUGAUCAUUUGCCGCGCCUGGAGUUGCCUCGAUUCAGCGGGGCGGUUACAGAAUGGAUCGCGUUCAAAACGCGAUUUGAAGGACGCAUUGUCUCCCUCGUUGAGGAUGCGGAAAGAUAUGCGUUUCUGAAUAAAUGUAUGGAGCGGUUCGAGCCCGCUCGUAACAUGUGUGAAGCGCUCGAAAACUCUGGCGUUUCUUUCGCGGAGGCAUGGCAAAAGCUAGAAGAACGCUUCUACAAGAAGAGGAUUGCAUUCGAGGGACACAUCCUCAAAACGCUAAAAAUCAAGAAAGGGCAAAAACCCUCGUCAAAAGGGAUUCUCUCCCUAAUAGACACGAUCGAUACUAUGAUCACAACAACAAGACAAAAAUAG